AUGAGCCAACGCAAGCGACACCGGUCGCCCAAUCCGAUGGCGUUGGAAGAGGAAGAGAAGCAGUAUGUGACCGGUGGUAUGACUCUGGAGGAAUUAAACGAGAAGUGGCCAGCUGGGCGCGGCACUCCCCGCGCCAAGAAGGGACCACAUGGCCCUACCAAGUUAUCGCCGCAGGAGCAACGACGACAUAUCAUCGAGCGGUUCAUUUCCAGAUGGAGGAACGAUGUGGGGAAUGACAUCUAUCCGGCCUUCCGACUGAUUAUGCCCGACAAAGAUCGAGAUCGUGGUAAUUAUGGGCUGAAGGAGAACGCCAUAGGCAAGCUUCUCGUCAAGCUCAUGAAGAUCGACAAGAACUCGGACGACGGAUACAACCUGCUUCACUGGAAGCUACCCGGCCACACUACUGCGUCGCGAUUGGCUGGCGACUUUGCUGGCCGGUGCUUCGAGGUUCUUGCCAAGCGACCUAUGCGAACAGAUGUCGGCGACAUGACAAUCGCCGAGGUCAACGAGUUGCUGGACAAACUUGCCGCUUCGACGGGAGAGUUGGAGAACCUGGAGGUCUUCGAGAUCUUCUACGAGCGCAUGAACUCCGAAGAACUGAUGUGGCUCAUUCGCAUCAUCCUGAAGCAGAUGAAGGUUGGAGCGACCGAGAGGACCUUUCUUGAUCUGUGGCAUCCGGACGGCGAGGCGCUCUUCAGCGUCUCAUCAAGCUUGCGACGAGUCUGCUGGGAACUUUACGACCCCCAAGUCCGACUAGAACAGGAAGACACAGGUGUCUGCCUCAUGGAGUGUUUCCAACCCCAACUUGCACAAUUCCAAAUGCCCUCCUCUUUCCAAAAGAUGGUUGACUACCUUCAACCUACCGACGAAGAUCCCGAAUUUUGGAUUGAAGAGAAGCUGGAUGGCGAGCGCAUGCAGAUGCAUGUCACAGAAGACUCGAGCGUCCCAGGCGGCUGGCGCUUUUGUUUCUGGUCCCGCAAAGCGAAAGAUUACACGUAUUUAUACGGCAAUGGCCUGAGAGAUGAGAAGGGAGCCUUAACCCGCCACCUAGGAGAUGCUUUUGCAACCGGAGUACGAAACCUCAUCUUAGAUGGAGAGAUGAUCACCUGGGAUCCUGACGUCGAUAAAAUCAUGCCGUUCGGGACCCUCAAAACAGCCGCAUUGGCUGAGCAGAACAAUCCAUACAACAACUCCGGCCCCCGCCCGCUUUACCGCGUCUUUGACAUCUUGCUGCUAAACGACAAGCCGCUGACCCAAUACACGCUGCGAGACCGCCGCCUAGCUUUGUCCAAAGCGGUGAAGGGUGUCCACAGGAGGCUCGAGAUUCAUGAAUACGAAGCCGCGACGUCGCCGGACGCUAUAGAGCCACUUCUUCGAAAGGUUGUCGCUGAGGCGUCGGAAGGCCUGGUCCUCAAGAACCCGAGAUCGAUGUAUAGACUCAACAGUCGAAACGACGACUGGCUGAAGGUAAAGCCCGAAUACAUGUCCGAGUUCGGCGAGUCGUUGGAUUGCGUUGUUAUUGGCGGCUACUACGGCUCAGGUCGCCGAGGCGGGGCCCUUUCCAGUUUCUUGUGCGGCCUCCGCGUCUGCGAAAACCACAUCCAAGCCGGCGCCAACCCGGAGAAGUGUUUUAGCUUCUUCAAGGUGGGUGGCGGUUUCCGGGCAGAAGAUUACGCCGAGAUUCGUCACCGAACAGAGGGCAAAUGGCUACAGUGGGACCCGAAAAAGCCGCCUGUGGAAUACAUCGAGCUCGCUGGCGGCGACCGACAGUUUGAGAGACCUGAUGUAUGGAUCAGACCUCGCGACUCGGUUGUCGUGGAAGCGAAGGCAGCGAGCAUCGGCAGCUCGGACCAGUUCUCGCUCGGCUUCACCCUUCGGUUUCCCCGUUUCCGCCGCUUGAGAACCGACAAGAACUGGGACGAAGGACUUAGUAUCCAGGAGUUCCUGGACCUUCGCAAGCGGGUCGAGGAAGAAGCCAAGGAGAAGACCAUGAGCGUCGAGAACCGCAAGCGAAAAUCCGUCAAGCGUGUGAAGCGCGAGGUGGUGAUCGCCGGGACCGAGAAUAUGCCUGCGCAGUUUGAGGGAGAGAAGUCGAAGCUUUUUGAUGGCUUCGAGUUCUGCGUUCUGUCAGAGUCACUCAAGCCAUUCAAGAAGACCAAGGCACAGCUUGAGACAUUGAUCAAGCAGAACGGGGGACAGGUCUCCCAGCGCGCGGUGCCUCGGUCAAACAUGAUACUGCUAGCCGAUAAGAACGUUGUCAAAGUCGCAAGCUUACUCAAAGAAGGGAAAAACGAUGGAGGCGUCGACAUCAUUAAACCAAAGUGGAUACAAGACUGUCUUGAGCAAGCCGACGACUCCAUGUUGCUGCCAUAUGAGGAGCGACACCUAUUGCAUGCAACAGAGGCGCUCAAGACGGUUGCGUUGCAAAACACAGACAUGUAUGGUGACAGUUUCGCCCGGGACAUUAGCCUGGAGGAGCUCCGGGCGGUUCUCAAGGGCAUGCCGAAGCGAGAGCCAGACACCGACCCUUUUAACAAGGCGCAGUUUGUGAACCAGCUGGAGGAGCGCGGCCAUGGGAUUGGUCAGCUGAAGGGAUUCAUGUUCCAUCGGUGUGUCGUGCACCUGUAUGACGCAAAUGGAGACGGCGUGGGAGACGAUGUCAAAGCCCUCAAGCUUAGGAACUAUCUCAUUUUCGGCGGUGCCCGGCUGGUCAGCAGUGCAGAGGAUGACGCUACGCAUAUUGUGAUCAUAGGAACGGGAGAUCAACGCAAGGAUGCCGCAGAGUACUUUCGCCAAGAAGUUAGCAGUCGGCGGAAGGUUCCGCACAUCAUAACUGCAGAAUGGAUUGAGGACUGCUGGCGUGAGAAGACUCUGCUGGAUGAGGAGAGAUACACACGCAUGUGA